CUUAUCUUAUGAUAACUGCAGCAGUUCAUAGCACCUGUUGGACUCUAAGUCUAACUUUAGUUGUGGCAUACUGCUGAUAGGUGUAAGGUUUAUUGGGAUUGACUGUUGAAAAUGGAGAAAUAUGGAGUAGGAUAAGAGUCACCAGUACGCAUUUCUUGUCUCCAUUGUAGGAAAUCCCAUGAAACAGAUGGACUCACCCUCCUUGCCAAUGUGGCAAAUACACCCAGGCCUACUGCACACCCCAACUUCGCGAAAAACCUUCACACAGCAGCUAACCAGGAGGACGAGUUGUUCAUCACAACCCAAAGCUGUGUGUCAACCCUGUUAGCACAGCUGGGGGCAUGUCCUGCCUUGAAAGGGGAUAGAGGGGACACGUGUGGAGGGGAGCUCUCCAUCAAGGAGAUGGAGCGGUAUGGACAUGUCAUUGUGGCCACCAUCACCUGUCCAAAAAAGCACACGUGGAAGUGGCAUAGUUCUUCAUCUGUGGGCGGGAAGUAUUAUGUCAACCAGAGGGUUGUCCACGCCUUCACGUCUACUGGCAUGGCCCCGGUCAAGUAUGAGACCUUCUGUGAAGCUGCCAAACUCGGGGUGAACGGGGAGGCAUAUGUCAAAAACAAACACAAACGUGCUGAGGGACACCUACUGUGUGAAACACUACCAAGACAUCAGGAGACCGUCACGCAUUGCUCCAGUGCGUGUGCUGAAGCCUAAAGACACUUCCUUCAGGGACAACAUUUGGAGGGAUUUCUACAACCUGCAUUACUAGUGUUGUCCAAGCCUAGUAACAUAUUGCGCUUUAUUGUAAAUGGUAGUAUAGAGCCAAUUCCGCGGCACUGUGUGGGUUUUUUCUCCAUGUUUGUAAUACUUUUUAAUUAUUUAGAAGAAAAGA